CAGACAGGGGUGCAAGGUGUCUUGGUUAUUGAUUAUUACCCUGGUAAUGGGUUAUUGAUUACUCCCAGCCUUCAUCUCCUCUGUGGCCGAAGGGGAUUGUACUGUGCGAACAUCAUUUAGCUCGAGGUCUGUUUCCUGUCAAAUCUCAUUCCGGUAUGGAGGAUUUAGCAGCAAACAACACAUGUAGGGGAGUAAAUGGACAGUCCAAAGCAGACGAAUCACCUUCUCCUGCUGCUCUAAGUGUUGAUUCAUGCUGCGGAUCCUGCCUGAGAAGCAUGAAGCUCUGGGUACCUACGGAAUACAGGAAUGAGAGCGCUCGCUUUUUAAAACUUGCGGGACCCGUGUUCAUUUCACAGUUGAUGAGCUUCCUGAUCGGCUUCGUCAGCAUGGUGUUCUGCGGUCACCUGGGGAAAACGGAGCUGGCAGGGGUGGCAUUAGCAAUAGCAGUAAUAAAUGUCACAGGUAUUUCCAUUGGCUGCGGUUUGGCAUCAGCAUGCGAUACCCUCAUAUCUCAGACUUAUGGGAGCGGUAACCUAAAGCGCGUCGGAGUGAUACUGCAAAGAGGAGUUUUCAUAUUGCUCUUAGCCUGUUUCCCCUGCUGGGCCAUCCUUAUUAACACUCAACCCAUUUUGUUGGCUGUCAGGCAAAGCAAGGAAGUCUCCAGACUCUCCCAGCUGUAUGUGAAGAUCUUUAUGCCAGCUCUGCCCGCCGCCUUCAUGUACCAGCUGCAGGGGAGGUAUCUUCAGAAUCAGGGCAUCAUGUGGCCCCAGGUGAUAUCCGGAGCCAUGGGGAACGUUUUGAAUGCAGUCAUCAAUUACGUCUUUCUCAGCGUUCUGGAUCUGGGGGUCGCUGGGUCCGCAGCUGCCAAUGCCAUCUCACAGUAUUCCUUGGCUGUGUUCUUGUUUGUGUAUAUCUGCUUCAGGGGUUUGCACAAAGCUACAUGGGACGGCUGGUCAAGAGACUGUCUGCAGGAAUGGGGUCCCUUCCUCCGGCUGGCCAUCCCGAGCAUGCUGAUGCAUUGCCUGGAGUGGUGGCUGUAUGAGAUCGCAGGGUUCCUGGCAGGGAUCAUCAGCGAGACUGAGUUGGGCGCUCAGUCCAUAGUUUAUGAGCUGGCUGCUAUCGCUUACAUGUUUCCUAUGGGUUUCUCUGUCGCUGCCAGCGUUCGGGUUGGAAAUGCUCUCGGUGCUGGGAACACAGAACAAGCCAAGCUGUCCACCAAGGUCUCCAUCAUCUGGGCAUCCAUUGUCUCCUGUUUCAUUGGGGCCUCUCUCGGUGUGGCCAAGGAUGUGAUUGGUUACAUUUUCACCACAGAGAAAGACAUCAUACAGAGGGUGGCGGAUAUCAUGAAGAUGUACAGCUUCAUCCACGUUGCCGAGGCCUUUGCGGGGGUGACGGGAGGAAUUGUGAGGGGGGCAGGAAAGCAGAUGACUGGCGCCGUGUGCAACUUGGUGGGUUACUACUUCAUCGGGUUCCCCAUCGGAGUUUCAUUGAUGUUCCCUGUGGAAAUGGGCAUCGUAGGACUCUGGUUAGGGUUCUUAAUUUGUGUUUUGUUACAGUCCACAUUUUUCAUAGUUUUUCUGUGUAAACUGAACUGGAAGAAAGCCACAGAGGAGGCACUGGUGAGAGCAGGAGUCCACAUCACAGAGAGUCAAAAUAAAGCUCUGGACUCUGGCGAGAAACAGGUCCACGCAAAAACCAUUCAAUCCGGCGCAGGAGAGGCGAAGCUGGAGGCGCUCGAUUCAGACCGGCCGACCUCCGGUGACGGGGUCCUGUCGGUGAGGCAGCUGUUGGUACGACGGGGCCUCGCUCUGCUGCUCAUGUUCGUCGUCCUUGCCGCCGGAGUCUUCGUCAGCGAGCUGCUCGUCAGGCUCCUCGAACUGGAGUGACCGUAAUUAGACCAGAGUGACGGACAGCACGUCCCGUGAAGCGGUAUCUUAUUUACCAAACUGUUCUUGUAGCUUUGUCAGCACCUACAAUUUUAUUGCAAUGUUCGAGCUAAUCUUUAUAUAAUUUCAAGAGUGGGAAAUACCUACAUUAUGAUAAGUGAAUGAAUGAAUUAUAGGUGCAGAUUAGGACUGUAUUUACAGAUAUGACGCCGUAAGUAAUUGUCUUUAAUAAGAAGCAUUUUGAUAGCAGCUUUACUAAUAACAUUUAUUAUCAGUUUCUAGCUUUCUUGCUCAGAUCUAUUUCGUUGUCAACUUUCAGUCACUUGUUCGGUGAAGUCAUCGGACGAUCUAAUAAAACAGGACUUAAUUGAGGCAGCCACUGAAAAGCUGAACUGAAAAAUAAACACUGUAUAGGCAUCUUUAUAUAGAAACAUGCUGCGUAAGACGGGCCCCAGUCAAGGCAGCGUUGACAAAAUAGAUUUUCUCAACCCACAAUAUACUAUACACUGAAUGGACGCCGCAAUUAGAAAUAGCAUGAUUAAAUGUUAUAUUUAGGCCACAGCGCAUCCGUGCAUGUGUGCUUUCAUCAUCAAAAGACAGAAAGGCUCCCCCCUUAUUCUGUGGUUUAUUUCUCUUUCCUUUGAUCUGUGUUGCCAAAUUCGACGGUAAUGAAAGGUCUGUACUCGCGCUCUGAAACGCGCUGGCUGGAUGAAGGCACGUCAAACUGAGCAAAUCAAGCACCUGUUCCCCCUGCAGGAGCAGAUAACUAGCUAGCUCAGACUUCACGGUGGCUCAUAAAUAAAGACUUCGCCCCGUUUAACGGCAAACAAUUAACCACGUGUGCUCCUCCGAAAUAAAUGCGUGUUUCCCUCUACACAUUGACGUCACGGAUUAGCAUUUUAGGAAAUGUUUAAUAUGUAACGGUGCAGCCCUAAAUAUGGGAGACGAGUUCAUCAGUCUCUUUUUUUUUUUUUUCAAGCUUCUAACUGUGAAGAUAGCUGGUGCUUUGUGCCUCUUCUCCUUAUUAAACUCUACACCGGGAUAAGUGUUUUGCAAAAUGUUUGAUCCCUUUCAUGCAAAUGAAAUCCAAGAAUAUGUUUAUAGUCAAUGGAGAGGAGAUUUUUUGACCCCCAUUUGAACGAUCUAUCUACUAUCUAUCUAACUUGUCCUCUGCUGCACCGGACGGCGUGUGGAGAGAAACCUGGAGAGAAAAUAACAACAUUUCGAGAGAUCUCAGGGAGCUCGCGUGCGAUCGUUUUUCAUUUUUGGUUGUUUUACUGUCAAGUCAGUUUGGCACCGUGGAAAGAUCAACAGUGGAGCGAACGGGCCCAUGGGAGAGGUUCGCAGAGUUGUAACAGUCCUCAAACACAAAGACAUUAAGUCAGACUCUGGCAGUAGGACAGAUUUUGACAUUUGAAGAGCGGACGUGGCGCCGGGGGACGCUCGUCAUGUUGUGUUCACUGAUCUGUCGGACUUAGUUGAAUUUAUUAUCAGCUAACUGCUGUACCAUGAGCAGCCUCAAGGGCAACACUAAAGUAUGUGUGAAGAAGAUAAUGGAGGAUGUGUGAAGGAAAGCAGCUUAUGAAAAUGUGUUGCCCGUGCGCAAUUUAAACUCCUCUUGAUGCCGACUACCAUGCGUAUUGUUUCUCAUGGGGCUGAUUCCAAACACGUGUGUUUUUAGUGCAGCCAUGAUUAAAUUUUAGGGAUAGCCAGCGUGUAGUCUGCUCAUUCACUUCAACAGAGCUUCCACAGCGCUAGCCACUGCACCCUCAACAGCCUGAUGUUCGCCACAUAAAUACUCGCAUACUAAUUUGUCGUCAUUCGGCAUGUAAAUGAGGUCUGAGUCGCACGUGGCUGCGUCGUCAUCCGAGCUUCAGUCCUGCUCAUCAGCGGAGCUGCCGCCACAGACUCCUCACAGAGACCCCUAAUCUUGGCCCGCUCACCUCCAGAGACUGCAAUCAGUAACACGCUGCGGCAUCAUUAACGAGUGACAACUGCCUGUGUAAAGAUUUACUGUCUGUGGUGCUAGACUGGAAGUUGAAAUAACAGCUCGGGGAACGUCACGUUACCCUCUCGGUUGUGUUACCACGCGGCACAACGAUGGACCCGGAUCUCAGGACUGCAGUUAAUAGUGGGCAACAUUAUCUUUUGAAAAACAGUCCAGAUCAACUGGUUAUGGCUUAUGUGUGAAUACUGGUAUUUGCAGACCUAGUUUUUACCUACCUAGAUUUUUAACAUCACUCACCAUCAGAUUUUAUGAGACCACGUUUGUCCACACCGACACUCUCGG